UGAGAAAUUUCAACCCGGGUCGAGUUCAGCCCGGGUUGAAAGUCUGUACGACAGACAAAAGAGGUGAGCGUUUACAUGAAGACAGUUGACCCGGGUCAAAUACUGAUAUGCCGCCAAAAGUCCACUUCUACAGCCCUGUAUGGUCACGUGAAUCCGUUCGCGCGAAAUUUGCAUCUGCAGUCUGUUCAAACCUGGCGCGAGAUACGUGAUUUGUGAUCCACCCCCGCCUGCAUGCACCAGUGCACCACAAUGCACCAAUGCAGCAAGCGCAGGCAUCGGGGACAUGCCCGCGCUCUCCGAUCAUCCGGGCCUGCCCGACGCGUAUAAAGGGCUGAAAGGGGGCAGUCUUGUCACAAAGGUCCCGGAAAGCCAAUCAAGAGAGCUUCCUUCCAUCCUCCAUCCAUAUCCGCCCCUCAAGCGACUACCAUUACCCAGUUUUCUUCGUAACCGUUGACAACACCUACGAGACAAGCCCCAGCGUACACUGGUGCAUUCAACAUGGCCCGCUUUCUCCUGCUGGCAUUGGCCGUGACCAUGCUACAAGUCUUCGCACCAGCUUUGGGACAGAGCACCCCGGCCCCACAUGACUGCAGAAUCUGUGGGAAAACGGAUUACGAGCUCAAGACGAUUGUGCAUCGCAUCCUUAGCAGGCCAGUCGUGUUCACCGGUCGGGUUGUUUCUACUAAAGACAGCAGUAACCUAAUCCAGGUCACCAGCAUCUGCAAGGGUGGUCUAGUACCAGCAUUUAGAGAUGCCAGCCGCCGCCUACACCCGACCACCCGCUGCGACAGACUGGAUGACACUGGCCUCCAAAAGCAACUGUUUGUGAGCACAGACAACAGUUACAAGUCGAAGACGGCUAAGUGCCUUGCACCGUGUGGACUGAACGUCGCCGUUGGCAAGAAAUACAUCUUCGGUGGACACUCUGCGGGGGCAUUUAAUUCUAUCAUCGUUCUAGAUGAUACGUCUCUGAUCGCUAGAUAUAACCAAUAUUCCCGGGCACUCCUGGAUGAUCUGAGCACAACUCCCAUUAACGAGUAAUGUGUUCUGGAGCUGAUCACUGACUUCACAAUGCGCUCUCGCUCUCUCUGCUAGUCCAGGCUAUUUGAACGAAAUACCCCUCCCCGCCCCGCGUGUCACUAAUUUCUGAUUAGUGCCUCAGUUGGACGGUCAAAGUCCCUUUUCACAUCCUUUCGACUAUGUCAUGCUAUUGUACUUGUCCAAGGUUUUUUAUUACUUUUGUUUUAUAUUACCCCACUGCUGUCCGUUCUUUGCACCUGACCCAUCCCUUCUAUUGCUUCUUGUCGUCAUGCUUCCUGUUAUGCAGUAUUUCUGAGAGAAACGAGAAAAAA